UGUAUAAUUAAUAUCAUCAAUAUCUUAUGCGUAAUUAAUAUACAAAGAACUAAUGAUUCACAUAACCGAACAAGUCAGAAAAAGUGCUUUGGAUGUGAUACGAUACAAUCUUUAUGCUGCAGGUUGUAAUACUUACAUUACACGAGUUGUUUAUUUUGGAGAAUAUCAUGGAACUCAUGAAAUUUUGCGAAAAAGGAUGGAAGAUAUUAUACAUGAUUUACACAUGGAUUAUAGUGACAUGUCUAUAACAGGACUAUUUCUUGUCUAUCCAACGUGUUAUGUACACGUAUUAGAGGCAUGGGAAGACAUUAUUUAUAAACACUACGAGCUUAUGUAUAUCACGGAGAACAAUGAAUGCAAAUUUGGGAAAGCGAUUCCUUUGCCUUCAUAUCAUCAUGUUCAUCAAAGAUUUUUCACGAGCUGGUGCCAUGUUUAUACGAUACCGCCUACAUUAAUAGGGACUUUAGAAGACCGUACAUUAGAGGACAUUCAAAAACAAGUCUCAAAUUGCUUAAUGAAGAUAUACACAUUAUGUGACUACAUAGCGAAGAUAGGUUUGGAUGAAAAGUCGAUCGACGUUCAAGACGUGCUGCGGAAUUUGGGAGACAAGGCGGCCCAGUACCUACCCGAAAGCACAGUCCUCGAAUUUCUCUUGAACGUAAAUUCGCCUGUUUUAAAAACAAUCGAGGAAUAUAUGCAAAUGUAUUCCGAUAUGUCACCUAGCGCGUUUUGGGACGAUAAUAAUAUAUGGCCACCACCUUGCAAUAUCAUGCCACGCGAUGUGUUCGACGAACAUGGUCAUCGAAAAAUUUCAUAUGAUCCAAACAGCUAAAAAUAAACGUGCUUUGGAAGUCAACAAUUAUUAACAAGAUGUGAGAGAAAAAUAAUAAAUUAUUUUUUUCUUCGUAAAAUAUAGCAAA